AUGUACUUUUUAUUUUUUUUGAAAGCUCUUCCAAAAAUAAYCAAAAGACCUCCAUCUGUUCUUGUCACCAAAGAAGGCGAUAAUGUGGUCAUUCCGUCCAAAGCCUCUGGAUUUCCUAAUCCUAAAAUCUCGUGGUACAAAGACAACAAGAAAGUAGACGAUCGAUUCUAUGCAACUGGUGCUCUACGAAUAAACAAUGUCAAGUUCGAAGACCAUGGGGUUUACUUAUUGAAAGCAAAGAAUUUCAUUGGUCAAGCAGCAGCGAAAAUGAAACUUGUUGUAAAUGUUGCUCCACGUUUCGUGGUUCGGCCUUCGGUUUACGUCGCUGGUUAUGAAAAUUGGAACACAACCAUCACAUGCAAUAUAUUUGGGUUUCCUCCUCCGCGGAUCGWKUGGACRCGAGCAYUGCAAGACAUGUCUAAGGAACGCCAUGUAAAAACUGGUAACAGCCUUGUUAUCAUGAAUACAAAGAGAGAGGAUAAGGGACCCUACAUGUGCAGGGGGAACAAUAACCAAGGGAAUGUGGUUGCCAUGGUAGUGCUUAAUGUUUAUACUGUCAUUGCUCCAGCCAUCGUACAAUCCUCUCCUAAUAAUGUGACGGUGAACAAAAUCUUGAGCCGCGUVAAAUUAAACUGUUCGGCUACUGGAUCACCGCUGCCAACGAUCGAGUGGAGCAAAGAUGGCCGACCUUUAUCUGUAAACACUACAGUUCGCCAGACCAAUAAAGAAACUAUAGGCGAGUUGGUYAUUGAUUCGUUCAUGCCUCAAGACCAAGGACGAUACAAAUGCUUUUUUAGAAACUACGAGAAUGGAACGGCUGAAACUACAAUACAAGUCUCCUUAAUGAGCUGUGGUGAUCCUGGAAAACCACUGAAUUUUGGCUAUCGCACUGGCAAUGAGUUCUGGGCUGGAAAUAUGGUAGUUUAUACUUGUGAUCCUGGUUAUUACUUGGUGGGACCAUCCAACCGACUUUGUCUGGAAAAUGGUGCAUGGAGCAACUCCAUUCCAUCAUGUCGUCGUCUUUGUCCCGAGAUCGUACCUCCUGAGAAUGGAUACAUUGUAAGUGAUGUCCUGGCCAACAGCACUCUCACUUUCCAUUGUAAACCCGGUUACUGGGUCAGUGGAAAUCGCAACUUGUUAUGCGAUCCCAACACAGGAAACUGGACAGAUUGGAAAGGAAAUUUUACUGCUGAAAAACCGCAGUGUAAAAGACAUACACUGAAUUCAAACAUCCUAAAAAAUCGAGAGGAUUACUAUGAAUUAAUGACAGAAUGGCUGGCUCCAGUAACAGACAUACCAAUAAGAUGGGUACCAUGCUACCAAAGCAGACUUCACGGAUGGGCCAGUAGCACAUUCCACGCAAAAUGCGAUAACAAAGGCCCGACUAUUACAAUCAUCAAAGUGAACAAAUACAUAUUUGGAGGAUAUACAGACGUCAGCUGGCAUUCCAGAAAUUCUUACAGCAAAUCAGUGAACUCGUUCCUGUUUUCAUUUGUAAACAAAGAUAACUUGAGGCCAUUUAAAAUGAAAGUUUUCAUAUCGCAGUAUGCAAUUUAUGGAGGUAGCAGCUACGGACCAACCUUUGGAGGCGGCCAUAACAUACAUAUUCACAAUAAUGCUGGUAGCAACACAAACUCCUAUACGAGACUUGGAUAUAGCUAUGUACUGAUUAAGGGCUACACAUACACAUCAACUAAAGCAAGGAACCUUCUUGCUGGAUCGUACCACUUUCAGCCAGACGAGAUCGAAGUGUUUCGGCAAGAUGGCUUAGAGGUUUAGGUGAAAGAAACUCUAACAAAACACAGGGAUCCCACAUCAUAUAUCGAUGCCGCUUUUAACACAUACGAUGUUUGCAGGAAAUACACCUAAUCGGCUAACGCGCUGCUAUAAACGUCUCCACCCAAUUCAAACCACCCGGGAGUAAGGUUUAUUAUUGUUCGUUGCGUUUUCAUCAGUCACGGUAGAAUUCUUAGAAACAAAAGUUCUUUUUCCCACAGGAUUUGAAUUGGGUGGUAACGUACAUGGUAACGCGUAAGCCGAUCAGGUCUACGCAUUGCAGUUGUGAUAGGUGGUCAAUUUUCAUAUUGGUAGUAAAUGUCCUUAGAGCGUUUAUUUCUCUUGUUGAAUUUCAAAUUACAUAGAAAUAGCUAAGACUAUUUUUUUAUAGAAACGCACUAUAACUUGACUGGCAUCAGAACAAGUGCACAUUUAGGCAAAAUUUAUGCGGCUGUGAUAAAUUUAGAGGCGGAUCUCAAUUCGGAACCAUGCAAGGAAAAUGUGACCAAAAUUAAGAAUUGAAAUUGAAAAAAAUGUGCCUAGAAGUAAGUUUUUCCCUUCCGUAAAGUUGUUAAUUUCACAGUGAAAAUAAAAUACAUUGAAAGUUAA